AUGAGCACCUCCAAUUUCCUCUCAGCCCGCCGACUGGGCAGAAACGGCCCCAUUGUGCCUCGCCUAGGAUUCGGACUGAUGGGUUCAAGUGGCGUAUAUGGAAGGCCAGCCGGAGACAAAGAGAGAUUGAGAUUUUUGGACCAGGCGUAUGAAAGGGGAGAGCGGUUUUGGGACACUGCUGACAAGUAUGGAGAUUCCGAGGACCUACUUAGUCAAUGGUUUGCCGUCAAUCCCGAGAAGCGCGAACAAAUCGUCCUGGCGACUAAGUUCGGCAUCAAAACCACCGCCGGUAUUCCUGGGUUCUCUGUUGACUCGACGCCCGAGUAUUGCCGACAAGCCAUCGAAAAGUCCCUUGAGCGCCUGGGACUUCCGUUUGUUGACGUGUACUAUGUGCAUCGUCUGGAUAAAAUUACCCCAAUUGAGAAAACCAUGGAAGCAAUGGUUGAGCUCAAAACAGCAGGGAGAAUAAAACACAUUGGGCUCAGCGAAUGUAGCGCGGAAUCCUUGAGGCGUGCAUGUGUGGUGCAUCCGGUCACAUGCGUCCAAGUCGAAUACAGUCUCUUCUGUAGGGAUAUUGAGUCCCCACAAACACAACUUUUGGAAGUUGCCCGCGAGCUGGGUCUUGCAAUUGUUGCGUAUAGCCGUCUUGGAAACGGACUACUGGGUGGUGCUAUUCGCUCUCGAGAAGAUGUGACCAAGCCAAAUGACUCAAGAUGGGCAUUGCCUUGGUUGAGUGAGGAGAACAUUCACCAAAACCUCGUGGUUCUCGACAAAAUCUCCCAGUUUGCCCAGUCGAUGAGUUUGACUCCAGCGCAAUUGGCCCUUGCGUGGCUGCUUGCGCAGGGUGAUGACAUAUUUCCUAUCCCGGGAACCUCGAAUAUCCAUCGCUUGGAAGAGAACCUGCGCAGCCUUUCGGUCUCUUUGUCUAAUAGAGAUGAACAGGUUUUGCGUGAGGCGUCGGAGGGAAUUGUGGGUGGAAGAUUUCAAGCAAGGACCGGUUAUGAUUUCGCGAAUACGCCAAGACUAGAUUCGUGA